GAUGAUAUAUUGAUACCAUUCAUGGGAAAAUACAUAGCAUCCCGAUCCACACUCCACUGAAGUAGAUGGCGGUAAUGCACAUCAUAAAGUUGCUUGCCAACCGCCAUAAAACAGAAGCAGAAGAAGAAGAAGAAGAAUAAGAAGAAGAAGAAGAAGAAGAAGAAGAAGAAGAAGAAGAAGAAGAAGAAGAAGAAGAAGAAGAAGAAGAAGAAGAAGAAGAAGAAGAAGAAGAAGAAGAAGAAGAAGAAGAAGAAGAAGAAGAAGAGGGCCGUGACAAGGAAAGAUGGCUGCUAACAGCGAGAUGGAUCGGACGUUUGAGGCUAUAAAUAAUCCAUGGGUGUUACUACGCCGCAACAUUCUUGAGAGGCUACAUUCUCGACUGCUGCAUAUUUUAAACCACAGACCAUUAGAUUUGGACCGCAUGGAAUUCGUGUGCACUCAGGACCUUGUCUUCUGCAGUGCCAUUUCAAGUUACAUCAACAUUCCAGUGUGUAUAAUGGACAUGCUCUCUGAACUGUGUAGUUUGAUCAGGAAUGAAAAGCAGUAUGCCGAAAAUCUCCAAUCAAAUCCUGUAGUCCAAAUGGGCACAGGUCACGCUGGAUGUCCCAAGAUUAAUUUUAGCCAAGAGUACCUUCAGUAUCUUCUUGGAAUACCCUUAUCUGUUACAACUAUUGCAAGCUUGUUAGGAGUGUCAAAACAUACAAUCCAAAGAAGACUGGCUGAAAACAACAUGUCAGUGACCUCACUGUAUAGUCAAAUGACAGACGAUGAGUUGGAUUCCAUGGUGGCAGACAUAAAGUUGACAAUGCCACACUGUGGUUACCGAAUGAUGAAAGGGGCCCUUAAAUCCAGGGGUUGCCUGGUUCAGUGGGAACGAGUAAGGGCUGCAAUGCACCGAGUGGACACCAUAGGUGUGCUGAAAAGACUGACAUCCAUGGGAUGUGUUGUAAGACGCAAAUAUUCUGUGCCCUGCCCAAGGUCUCUUGUCCAUAUUGACACCAACCACAAACUGAUAAGAUAUAACAUUGUUAUUUUUGGUGGCAUAGAUGGGUAUUCCAGGAAGAUAAUGUACCUUCGGGCUGCCAAUAACAACAAGUCAUCCACAAACCUGGACUUUUUCCAAGAGUUUGUAGAAAAAUAUGGCUUCCCACUAAGAGUGAGAGCUGAUCACGGAGUUGAGAAUGUUGGUGUGGCACGCCUCAUGUUCUCAGUACGUGGUACUGGAAUUGGGAGUUUCAUUUCUGGGAAAAGUGUGCACAACCAAAGGAUUGAAAGACUUUGGAGAGAUGUUUACAUGGCAGUGACUCAUGUCUUCUACACUGUUCUCCACACUUUGGAAGAUGAAGGAUAUCUUGACCUGUCAAAUGAACUACACUUGUUCAGCUGCCAUUAUGUCUUCAUCCCAAGACUCCAGUUGUCCCUUGAUGUGUUCAGUGAUGGAUGGGACAACCAUCCACUAAAAUCAGAACAGAACUUGUCACCUAACCAAAUGUGGGAAUUGGGACAAAUGCAGUGUCCUGUUCCAGACCCUGAUGUCCCUCAUGAGUUGCACUUGCCAGACAUUGAGUGGGAGUCCAGUGGAAUCCAUGAUGGUCAGAGCCCAGGUGUCAUUGUACCAGUUUUCCAGACACCUCUGAGUGAACUGGAGAUGGAGAACCUCAAAAGAGCAAUAGAUCUCACUGCUCCUUCUGAUUGCUAUGGAAUGGACAUUUACAUGGCCACAGUUGAAAGUGUCCAAAGAAUCAUUCAGAACAGAUGAAGUUGCUUGAUUUGUGCAUUAAUAAUUAUUACUUAAAAAGCUUAGUUUUGGCUGUUACAUUUUUAAAGCACAGGUAACAUUUGGAUUUGCAUAUAAUUAAAUGUUAGACAGUCCUUUUCACAUUGAAGUUUUUGUGUAAUUGUAGAGAAAUGUACAGAUAAAAUGCAACUGUAAUUUCAAAUAAAUGUAUUAAUCUACCAACUGA